GAGAAUUCGUGAGGGCGAGACAGCUGUAGUCUAGAAGGUUCUUUCGUACCGAAGGGUCUGACGGUCAGAUCUUGCAGACUUUUGAAGGUUUGUGGGCCGGCCAGGGUUUGAAUCACAGCCACCAGACUGGAGCCGGGGAGACCAUGGCUCUGGCCGCGUUAACAUGUUCCCAACAUAUGCCGGACCCGUAGCUUUUCCUGCUGAUACGGGAAGAGCUCCGAGGGCUUCUGACCCUCGACCCUCCACCACAAUUAUUUCCGCCGCUUCUAGACGUUUAGAAGAGAUGCCGCCGCAUCUUUUCAACGGUACGCACUUGAACAUGUGAACAUGUUUUUAUUAUUAUUUUCGUGUUUUCGCCCCCCUCUCUUUCGCUACCAACCUAAACCACGUCCACUUUUCUCACCCUACCUAGCAUCUCAUCCACACGAACACUUCUUCACCAUGGAAAGCAUCAAGAACGCAGCAACUGACGCGAAGAACGCGGUGAUGGGAAAUCCUUCGGAGGCGGACAAGGCUAAGAACACCGCUGAGGAUUUGGGAAACAAGACUGUCGACGCCACCAAGUCUGCGAUCGACACGGGAGACGCUGCCGUCAAGGACGCCAAGUCUAGCGUCGAAUCCGCGAAAAAUGAGGGAGCGUCUGAGACGCAGUCUGUGGUCGACGCCACCAAAGACCAGAUCAAGGGUGCCGCCGACGCCGUCUCCAACAGCAUGGACAAGUAGACUGACGUUUGGUCGUUGUACAGGUUGUGGAGCGUUACAAUAUUGGACAAGUUGGAAAUCCGGUGUUUUGUGAUCCCUGCUGUUUUCGGUUCAAUGGACGUGUGUUUUGCUUGAUUCAGAAGUAGGGAGCAAAGAUCGCCUUUGCGUUGAUGUAUGUAGCACGCUCCCUCGAGUAGCGGUGUACUGGGCACAGCGCACGACGGGCUAGUCUACUAGGCGUCUUCUGGGCAGCACCGGACAGAUGGUUGGCCCAUUUCGUUUACCUUUUGUAGUGCGCCAUAUGCCAUUUACUGCGGCUCCUCCGGUGGUGCACACGCGCUGCCGCCGUAUAUGGGGGAAAAUUCUGGCUAGUCUUGGGUGUAUUCUCACCUUGCCUUGUCUUGUCUAUAUCUUGUCCGAUCUGGGCACCUGCACGGAUUGCAGUUCCGUUUAUCGAAUGGAGGUACGCAUGGCAUGCAAUAGCUCUGUAAUACGGAUGGGUGGGGGAAGCUGUUGAUUAAAAGAUGAACCCUAAGCCUAACCCUAACCGUGGUCUUAACGCUAAACCUGGACCUAAAAUGCCGAGAUGCACGGCGUAUGUUCGUGGUUGUGGUUGUGAUGGUUUCACAUCAGCAAAUCUGAAGAACGAAAUGACGUAACGACAACGUGCGAUAGUGGACUGCUGGAGGAAUCCAACAGGAACCUUGGUCGCGAGGAGCUAUCUCUUCUGCGUUCAAUGUGUUGUGUUGACAUUGAAAGGAGUCGUCGUGGUCAGGAGUUCCCGAG